AAUUUUAGGGCAACCGGCUCAAGGUCACCGAGGGAAGGCAACAUUGGAGACUGGGCUCUUCAACUCCUCGGCCCAAUAAUGGACUGGAGCCAAACAGGACACCAUCCAGGAGUUUCAAAGCUGCGUAGUAAAAUAGCUAGCGUGGGCAGUCCUUUUGUACUCCAGCUAGAGUAAAAUUAACGCAGUCUUCCUUCCUUCCAUCGCCGUCUGACAGCAUCCAGCAAAUGGGUGUAGGGUUGAGGAGAGCAGAACCCAGCUGUCCUUUCACAGCUGAGUCUUUUGAGAAAUUGGAACUGAGGAGGGUAUACUACUUCUCCACAUCUGCUUCAGGAAGAAAGUGCCUGCCACUCCUAUUGUUUCUACGCAGGUUCAUGCCAGCCCAGAACGGAGAAUCAGAAUUAGAAGUGUUUAUCACCAACCAGCCAAGAUGAACAUGGUGAAGAGGAUCAUGGGGCGACCGAGGCAGGAGGAGUGCAGCCCCCAAGACAACGCCUUAGGACUGAUGCACCUCCGCCGUCUCUUCACUGAGUUGUGCCAUCCUCCCCGGCACAUGACUCAGAAGGAACAAGAGGAGAAGCUGUACAUGAUGCUGCCAGUGUUUAACAGGGUUUUUGGAAAUGCUCCGCCAAAUACGAUGACAGAAAAAUUUUCUGACCUUCUGCAGUUCACAACCCAAGUCUCACGACUGAUGGUGACAGAAAUUCGAAGGAGGGCAUCAAACAAAUCCACAGAAGCUGCAAGUCGGGCCAUAGUCCAGUUCCUAGAAAUCAAUCAGAGUGAAGAAGCCAGUAGAGGUUGGAUGCUUCUGACAACAAUUAAUUUGUUAGCAUCCUCUGGUCAGAAAACCGUGGACUGCAUGACAACGAUGUCAGUGCCUUCCACCCUGGUUAAAUGUUUGUAUCUGUUUUUUGACCUUCCACAUGUGCCUGAGGCCGUUGGAGGUGCACAGAAUGAGCUACCUCUAGCAGAACGUCGUGGACUACUCCAGAAAGUUUUUGUACAGAUCUUAGUGAAACUCUGCAGUUUUGUUUCUCCGGCGGAGGAGCUGGCUCAAAAAGAUGAUCUCCAGCUUUUAUUCAGUGCAAUAACCUCUUGGUGCCCUCCCUACAACCUGCCUUGGAGGAAGAGUGCUGGAGAAGUCCUUAUGACCAUAUCCCGUCACGGUCUUAGUGUCAAUGUAGUAAAGUAUAUUCAUGAAAAAGAAUGUUUAUCUACAUGUGUUCAGAAUAUGCAGCAAUCAGAUGACCUGUCUCCCCUAGAAAUUGUUGAAAUGUUUGCUGGGCUUUCUUGUUUCCUCAAAGAUUCUAGUGAUGUUUCCCAAACUCUUUUGGAUGAUUUUCGGAUAUGGCAAGGAUAUAAUUUCCUUUGUGAUCUCUUGCUUAGAUUGGAACAAGCAAAAGAAGCAGAAUCCAAAGAUGCCUUGAAAGAUCUGGUUAAUCUGAUAACUUCCCUAACAACAUAUGGUGUCAGUGAACUAAAACCAGCUGGUAUUACCACAGGGGCACCCUUUUUAUUGCCUGGGUUUGCAGUACCUCAGCCUGCAGGCAAAGGUCACAGUGUGAGAAACGUCCAAGCCUUUGCAGUUCUUCAGAAUGCAUUUUUAAAAGCAAAAACCAACUUCCUUGCCCAGAUCAUCCUUGAUGCCAUCACAAAUAUUUACAUGGCUGACAAUGCCAAUUACUUCAUCCUCGAGUCACAGCACACACUGUCACAGUUUGCAGAAAAGAUUUCUAAACUCCCGGAAGUACAAAGCAAAUACUUUGAGAUGCUGGAGUUUGUCGUUUUUAGCUUAAAUUACAUCCCUUGUAAAGAACUCAUUAGUGUUAGCAUCCUCUUAAAAUCUAGCUCUUCUUACCACUGUAGCAUUAUUGCAAUGAAGACACUUCUUAAGUUUACACGACACGACUACAUAUUUAAAGAUGUGUUCAGGGAGGUGGGCCUUCUGGAGGUCAUGGUAAACCUUUUGCACAAAUAUGCUGCCCUCUUGAAGGAUCCAACUCAGGCGCUAAAUGAACAAGGGGACUCAAGAAAUAAUAGUUCAGUUGAAGACCAAAAACACCUGGCUUUGUUGGUUAUGGAGACCUUGACAGUGCUGCUUCAAGGAUCCAACACAAAUGCAGGAAUUUUCCGAGAAUUUGGAGGUGCACGAUGUGCACAUAAUAUAGUGAAGUACGCACAGUGCCGGCCCCAUGCCCUGAUGAUUAUCCAGCAGUUGGUGCUCUCUCCGAAUGGGGACGAUGACAUGGGUACUCUCCUGGGCUUAAUGCAUUCGGCCCCACCAACAGAGCUGCAGUUGAAGACUGAUAUUUUAAGGGCCCUCCUAUCAGUCCUUCGAGAAAGCCAUCGUUCAAGAACAGUUUUUAGGAAAGUUGGAGGAUUUGUGUACAUUACAUCCUUGCUUGUUGCUAUGGAAAGGUCUUUGAGCUCACCACCCAAGAAUGGCUGGGAGAAAGUGAACCAGAAUCAAGUGUUUGAACUUCUCCACACUGUGUUCUGCACAUUGACUGCAGCAAUGCGCUAUGAGCCAGCCAACUCUCAUUUCUUCAAAACAGAGAUUCAGUAUGAGAAGUUGGCAGAUGCCGUUCGAUUUCUUGGCUGCUUCUCAGAUCUGAGAAAAAUAAGCCCCAUGAAUGUCUUCCCCUCAAAUACACAGCCGUUUCAAAGACUUUUGGAGGAAGAUGUAAUCUCGAUGGACACAGUGUCACCCACUUUACGGCACUGCAGUAAACUCUUUAUUUAUCUCUACAAAGUAGCCACAGAUUCUUUUGACAGUCGUGCAGAGCAGAUCCCUCCUUGCCUGACAAGUGAGUCUUCUCUCCCCUCUCCUUGGGGUACACCAGCUUUGUCCAGGAAAAGGCAUGCAUAUCAUUCUGUUUCAACUCCCCCUGUUUACCCUCCUAAAAAUGUCACUGACCUGAAACUACAUGUGACAACGACAUCUCUCCAGAGUUCUGAUGCCGUCAUCAUCCAUCCUGGAGCCAUGCUCGCUAUGCUGGACCUGCUGGCCUCUGUUGGGUCAGUGACACAGCCAGAACAUGCUCUGGACCUUCAACUCGCUGUGGCAACUAUUUUACAAUCCCUGGUGCACACGGAGAGAAACCAGCAGGUCAUGUGUGAAGCGGGUCUCCAUGCACGGCUGCUGCAGCGGUGUAGCGCGGCGCUGGCCGACGAGGAGCAUGCACUGCACCCGCCCCUGCAGCGCAUGUUUGAGCGGCUGGCCUCCCAGGCCCUGGAGCCCAUGGUGCUGAGGGAGUUUUUGCGUUUGGCAAGUCCAUUAAAUUGUGGUGCCUGGGACAAAAAACUGCUGAAACAAUAUAGGGUCCACAAACCAAGUUCACUGAGUUAUGAGCCAGAGAUGAGAAGUAGUAUGAUCACAUCUAUGGAAGGUCUGGGUUCUGAUAAUGUUUUCAGCUUACAUGAAGAUAACCAUUAUCGGAUAAGCAAGAGCCUGGUAAAAUCUGCAGAAGGAAGUACUGUACCUCUAACUAGGGUGAAGUGUCUGGUCUCCAUGACAACCCCACAUGACAUCAGACUUCAUGGGUCAUCAGUUACUCCAGCUUUUGUUGAAUUUGACACAUCCCUUGAAGGGUUUGGCUGCCUGUUUCUGCCCAGUCUGGCCCCUCAUAAUGCUCCUACAAACAAUGCCGUCACAACAGGUCUUACCGACGGGGCCGUGGUCAGCGGCAUUGGUUCUGGUGAAAGAUUCUUCCCUCCUCCGUCUGGCUUAAGCUACUCUAGCUGGUUCUGUAUUGAACAUUUUAGUUCUCCUCCAAAUAACCACCCUGUCAGACUUCUUACUGUCGUGCGCCGAGCAAAUUCUUCUGAGCAGCAUUACGUGUGCCUUGCCAUCGUUCUGUCAGCAAAAGACCGAUCUCUGAUUGUUUCCACCAAAGAGGAACUACUUCAAAACUAUGUUGAUGAUUUUAGUGAAGAAUCCUCUUUUUAUGAGAUUCUGCCAUGCUGUGCCCGCUUUCGAUGUGGUGAACUUAUAGUUGAGGGACAGUGGCAUCAUCUGGUUUUGGUGAUGAGCAAAGGCAUGCUGAAAAACAGUACUGCAGCCCUCUAUAUUGAUGGACAGCUUGUUAACACUGUGAAGCUGCAUUAUGUUCACAGUACCCCUGGGGGUUCCGGUUCUGCUAACCCACCUGUGGUCAGCACAGUCUAUGCGUACGUUGGCACUCCACCUGCCCAACGCCAAAUUGCUUCAUUGGUUUGGCGCCUGGGACCCACGCAUUUUCUGGAAGAAGUUUUACCUCCUUCAAAUGUUACUACCAUUUAUGAACUAGGACCAAAUUAUGUUGGAAGUUUCCAGGCCGUAUGUAUGCCAUGUAAAGAUGCAAAGUCUGAAGGCGUAGUCCCAUCUCCUGUGUCAUUAGUGCCAGAAGAAAAGGUGUCCUUUGGCCUCUACGCGCUCUCCGUGUCUUCCCUAACGGUGGCAAGAAUCCGGAAGGUGUACAACAAGUUGGACAGCAAAGCCAUCGCUAAGCAGUUAGGCAUUUCCUCCCAUGAGAACGCCACUCCUGUGAAAUUGAUACACAAUUCAGCAGGACAUCUUAAUGGGCCUGCACGGACAGUUGGGGCUACUCUGAUUGGAUACUUGGGAGUAAGAACAUUUGUCCCUAAGCCUGUUGCCACUACUUUGCAGUACAUUGGCGGAGCGGCAGCCAUCCUGGGCCUGGUGGCCAUGGCUUCUGAUGUGGAAGGGCUCUAUGCAGCAGUCAAGGCCCUGGUUUGUGUGGUCAAGAGUAACCCACUAGCCAGCAAAGAAAUGGAAAGAAUCAAGGGCUACCAGUUGCUGGCGAUGCUGCUUAAGAAGAAACGUUCCCUCCUUAACAGCCACAUUCUCCAUCUAACGUUUUCCUUGGUGGGAACUGUUGAUAGUGGACAUGAGACCUCCAUUAUUCCAAAUUCCACUGCGUUCCAGGAUCUCCUUUGUGAUUUUGAAGUUUGGCUCCAUGCACCGUAUGAACUUCAUCUUUCCUUAUUUGAACACUUUAUUGAACUGCUCACUGAGUCCAGUGAAGCUUCAAAGAAUGCCAAAUUAAUGAGGGAAUUCCAGCUGAUCCCCAAAUUGCUACUGACUCUUCGAGAUAUGUCUUUAUCCCAACCUACCAUUGCUGCUAUUAGUAAUGUGCUGAGCUUCUUACUACAAGGUUUUCCCAAUAGCAAUGAUCUGCUCAGGUUUGGCCAGUUUAUUUCUUCUACUUUACCGACAUUUGCAGUUUGUGAGAAAUUUGUAGUUAUGGAAAUAAACAAUGAAGAGAAGCUUGAUACUGGAACUGAAGAAGAGUUUGGAGGUCUUGUAUCUGCUAAUCUUAUACUUUUGAGGAACAGACUUCUAGAUAUCUUGCUAAAACUAGUUUACACAUCUAAAGAAAAGACAAGCAUUAAUUUGCAAGCUUGUGAAGAACUGGUCAGGACACUGGGUUUUGACUGGAUUAUGAUGUUUAUGGAAGAGCACUUGCAUUCCACCACAGUUACGGCAGCCAUGAGGAUUCUUGCUGUGCUGCUGAGUAAUCAGUCUAUCCUCCUCAAGUUUAAGGAAGGACUCAGCGGUGGAGGGUGGCUGGAACAGACAGAUUCUGUCUUAACUAAUAAGAUCGGAACUGUAUUAGGAUUCAAUGUGGGCAGGAGUGCUGGCGGGAGAUCGACGGUCAGGGAGAUUAACCGGGAUGCUUGUCAUUUUCCUGGUUUCCCAGUUCUUCAGUCAUUCCUUCCUAAACACACUAAUGUCCCUGCUCUCUAUUUUCUCCUCAUGGCAUUGUUUCUGCAGCAGCCAGUUAGUGAGCUGCCUGAGAACCUGCAGGUCAGUGUGCCUGUCAUCAGCAGCCGAUGUAAGCAGGGUUGCCAGUUUGAUUUAGAUUCCAUUUGGACAUUUAUCUUUGGAGUUCCUGCCUCCAGUGGAACUGUGGUCUCUUCUAUCCAUAACGUGUGCACAGAAGCUGCCUUUUUAUUAUUGGGGAUGCUCCGCAGCAUGCUGAAUUCACCUUGGCAAUCAGAAGAAGAGGGAUCUUGGCUCCGAGAAUAUCCUGUGACCCUGAUGCAGUUCUUUAGAUACUUAUAUCACAACGUUCCCGACCUGGCUUCCAUGUGGAUGAGCCCUGACUUCCUGUGUGCAUUAGCAGCCACGGUCUUCCCCUUCAACAUUCGCCCUUACUCAGAGAUGGUGACUGAUCUUGAUGAUGAAGUUGGAUCUCCAGCAGAAGAAUUUAAAGCCUUUGCAGCAGACACAGGGAUGAACAGAAGCCAGUCAGAAUACUGCAAUGUGGGCACGAAGACCUAUCUGACCAAUCACCCAGCGAAGAAGUUUGUUUUUGACUUCAUGCGGGUCUUAAUAAUAGACAACCUCUGUCUUACUCCUGCCAGCAAACAAACUCCACUAAUUGAUCUUUUGUUGGAGGCUUCCCCUGAAAGAUCUACAAGAACUCAGCAAAAAGAAUUCCAGACUUACAUUUUGGAUAGUGUGAUGGACCAUUUGCUUGCAGCUGAUGUCUUAUUGGGGGAAGAUGCAUCUUUGCCUAUUACCAGUGGAGGAAGCUACCAGGUAUUGGUGAACAAUGUGUUUUAUUUCACACAACGUGUGGUGGACAAACUUUGGCAAGGCAUGUUCAACAAAGAAUCUAAACUUCUUAUAGAUUUUAUAAUUCAACUAAUUGCACAGUCAAAAAGAAGAUCACAGGGAUUGUCACUCGAUGCAGUUUAUCACUGCCUCAAUAGGACCAUCUUGUACCAGUUCUCACGGGCACACAAAACUGUUCCACAGCAAGUAGCUCUCCUAGAUUCGCUCCGGGUGCUGACUGUCAACAGGAACUUGAUCCUGGGACCUGGGAACCAUGACCAAGAAUUCAUUAGCUGUCUGGCUCACUGCCUUAUUAAUCUACAUGUUGGAAGCAAUGUGGAUGGGUUCGGACUAGAAGCAGAAGCCCGCAUGACUACAUGGCACAUUAUGAUCCCUUCUGACAUUGAACCAGAUGGUGGUUACAGCCAAGAUAUUAGUGAAGGGCGUCAGCUUCUCAUAAAAGCUGUCAAUAGAGUUUGGACUGAAUUGAUUCAUAGUAAGAAACAAGCCUUGGAGGAGCUUUUCAAAGUCACUCUACCUGUGAACGAAAGGGGUCAUGUGGACAUAGCUAUAGCAAGACCACUCAUUGAAGAAGCUGGUUUAAAGUGCUGGCAGAACCAUUUGGCCCAUGAAAAGAAAUGCAUAAGUCGAGGAGAAGCUUUAGUACCCACCACACAAUCCAAACUGUCCCGUGUCAGCAGUGGCUUUGGUCUUUCCAAGUUAACAGGAUCGAGAAGGAAUCGAAAGGAAAGUGGUCUUAAUAAACACAGUCUUUCCACCCAGGAGAUUUCUCAGUGGAUGUUUACACAUAUUGCUGUUGUCCGUGACUUAGUAGAUACACAAUAUAAGGAAUAUCAGGAGCGUCAGCAAAAUGCUCUGAAGUACGUGACGGAAGAGUGGUGCCAAAUCGAGUACGAACUGUUGCGGGAGCGAGGGUUGUGGGGUCCCCCCAUCGGCUCCCAUCUAGACAAAUGGAUGUUGGAGAUGACAGAAGGGCCCUGCAGAAUGAGGAAAAAAAUGGUGCGAAAUGAUAUGUUUUAUAACCAUUACCCUUAUGUGCCAGAAACGGAGCAAGAGACAAAUGUAGCGUCUGAGGUCCCAAGUAAACAGCCCGAGACACCUGAUGAUAUCAUUCCUCAAAAGAAACCCGCUCGAUACAGAAGAGCCAUAAGUUAUGACAGUAAAGAAUACUACAUGCGACUAGCCUCUGGCAAUCCAGCCAUUGUCCAAGAUGCCAUUGUAGAGAGUUCAGAAGGUGAAGCUGCUCAGCAAGAACCAGAGCAUGGUGAAGACACUAUUGCUAAAGUCAAAGGUCUGGUCAAGCCUCCUCUGAAACGGUCUCGGUCUGCACCUGACGGAGGAGAUGAGGAAAGCCAGGAGCAGCUACAAGACCAGAUUGCCGAAGGCAGCUCUAUAGAGGAGGAGGAGAAAACAGAUAAUGCCACCCUCCUCCGCCUCCUGGAGGAAGGAGAAAAGAUUCAGCACAUGUACCGCUGUGCUCGAGUCCAGGGCCUGGAUACCAGCGAGGGGCUACUUCUUUUUGGUAAAGAGCAUUUUUAUGUGAUUGAUGGAUUUACAAUGACAGCAACCAGGGAAAUAAGAGAUAUUGAAACCUUACCUCCAAAUAUGCAUGAGCCAAUUAUCCCUAGAGGAGCCAGGCAAGGCCCCAGUCAACUCAAGAGAACAUGCAGCAUUUUUGCAUAUGAAGAUAUCAAGGAAGUACAUAAAAGGAGGUAUCUCCUGCAGCCUAUUGCUGUGGAGGUUUUCUCUGGAGAUGGACGGAAUUAUCUCCUUGCUUUUCAGAAAGGAAUUAGAAAUAAAGUCUAUCAAAGAUCUGGGUUGCUUAGCACUUUGGUUGGAGAGAAGUCUGUGACUCAAAGAUGGGAGAGAGGUGAAAUCAGCAACUUCCAGUAUUUGAUGCACUUGAACACUUUGGCUGGCAGAUCGUAUAAUGAUCUCAUGCAGUAUCCUGUCUUCCCCUGGAUCCUUGCAGAUUACGACUCAGAGGAGGUAGAUCUUACUAAUCCCAAGACAUUUAGAAACCUGGCUAAGCCAAUGGGAGCACAGACAGAUGAACGAUUAGCUCAAUAUAAGAAGCGGUAUAAAGACUGGGAAGAUCCUAAUGGAGAAACUCCAGCCUACCAUUAUGGGACCCACUAUUCAUCUGCAAUGAUUGUGGCUUCGUACCUAGUAAGGAUGGAGCCUUUCACACAGAUAUUCUUAAGGCUGCAGGGAGGCCACUUCGACCUGGCUGACCGGAUGUUCCACAGUGUACGUGAGGCCUGGUAUUCAGCAUCAAAGCACAACAUGGCAGAUGUAAAAGAACUUAUCCCCGAAUUUUUUUACUUACCAGAAUUCCUGUUCAAUUCCAACAACUUUGAUCUAGGCUGUAAACAAAAUGGCACCAAGCUUGGAGAUGUUAUCCUUCCGCCAUGGGCAAAAGGGGACCCACGGGAAUUCAUCAGAGUCCACCGUGAGGCUUUGGAAUGUGAUUACGUGAGUGCCCAUCUGCAUGAGUGGAUUGACUUAAUCUUUGGCUAUAAACAGCAAGGUCCUGCUGCAGUAGAAGCUGUAAAUGUCUUCCACCAUCUUUUUUAUGAGGGUCAAGUGGAUAUCUACAACAUAAAUGACCCACUAAAGGAGACAGCCACCAUAGGGUUCAUUAAUAACUUUGGUCAGAUCCCUAAACAGUUAUUUAAGAAACCUCAUCCACCAAAGCGAGUGAGGAGCCGACUGAACGGAGACAGUGCGGGCGCCUCUGCCCCCCCGGGGUCUACAAGUGACAAGAUCUUUUUCCAUCACCUGGACAACUUGAGGCCUUCUCUAACACCUGUAAAAGAACUUAAAGAGCCUGUGGGCCAAAUAGUGUGCACAGAUAAAGGCAUUCUUGCAGUAGAACAGAAUAAGGUUCUUAUCCCACCAACCUGGAACAAAACUUUCGCUUGGGGCUAUGCGGACCUCAGCUGCAGGCUGGGAACCUAUGAGUCAGACAAGGUAGUGACUGUUUAUGAAUGUUUGUCUGAGUGGGGCCAGAUUCUCUGUGCAAUCUGCCCCAACCCCAAGUUGGUCAUCACAGGUGGAACGAGCACAGUUGUGUGUGUCUGGGAGAUGGGCACCUCGAAAGAAAAGGCUAAGACCCUCACCCUCAAACAGGCCUUACUUGGCCACACGGAUACUGUCACCUGUGCCACAGCGUCAUUGGCCUAUCACAUAAUUGUCAGCGGGUCCCGUGACCGAACCUGCAUCAUUUGGGAUCUGAACAAACUGUCGUUCCUAACCCAGCUCCGAGGCCAUCGAGCUCCAGUUUCUGCUCUUUGUAUCAAUGAAUUAACAGGGGACAUUGUGUCCUGCGCUGGCACGCACAUCCACGUGUGGAGCAUCAACGGGAACCCUGUCGUGAGCGUGAACACAUUCACAGGCAGGAGCCAGCAGAUUGUCUGCUGCUGCGUGUCGGAGAUGAACGAGUGGGACACGCAGAACGUCAUAGUAACGGGGCACUCGGACGGCGUGGUCCGGUUUUGGAGAAUGGAAUUUUUGCAAGUUCCUGAAACACCAGCUCCCGAGCCUGUUGAAGUCCUAGAAAUGCAGGAAGACUGUCCAGAAGCACAAAUAGGGCCAGAAGCCCAGGACGAGGACAGCAGCGAUUCGGAAGCGGAUGAGCAGAGCACCAGCCAGGACCCCAAGGAUGCGCCCCGUCAGCCCAGCGCCAGCCACACGCCCCGGGCAGCCGCCUGCCGAGCAGCGGCCAUCUGGUGCACCGACAGUGCUUCCGAUGACUCCAGGCGCUGGUCCGACCAGCUCAGCCUGGACGAGAAGGACGGCUUCAUAUUUGUGAACUAUUCAGAGGGCCAGGCCAGAGCCCAUCUGCAGGGUCCCCUUAACCACCCUCAGCCCAGCCCCAUGGAAGUGCGGAAUUAUAGCCGACUGAAGCCCGGGUACCGGUGGGAACGGCAGCUGGUGUUCAGGAGCAAGCUAACUAUGCACACGGCCUUCGAUCGGAAGGACAAUGCACACCCCGCAGAGAUCACCGCCCUGGGCGUCUCCAAGGAUCACAGCAGGAUCCUCGUUGGUGACAGUCGAGGCCGAGUGUUCAGCUGGUCUGUGAGUGACCAGCCGGGCCGUUCCGCUGCUGACCACUGGGUGAAGGACGAAGGAGGGGACAGCUGUUCGGGCUGUUCCGUGCGGUUUUCUCUGACAGAAAGACGGCACCAUUGCAGGAACUGCGGCCAGCUCUUCUGCCAGAAGUGCAGUAGGUUUCAGUCAGAAAUCAAACGCUUGAAAAUCUCAUCGCCGGUGCGCGUGUGUCAGAACUGUUACUACAACCUACAGCAUGAGAGGGGUUCGGAGGACGGGCCUCGGAAUUGUUGAAGGUUCGACAAGCUGGUUGCCCAUCACGGUCUGUAGACGCCCCCCUUCCUGAUUCCCCAGUCACGGCUCACAGCUCGGAAGGCAUCUCGAAGCAGUCUCCGUUUACACCUCUCUUCAGACCACGUGUCUGAAGCGUCGGAUUCCAAGGGAUCAGUGAAUAAACGGGUGUAGAGUGCAGCGGUAGGGCGGACACUGUUCGGGGGAACGGCACAAGAAGAACAGAAGGUGGUUCCUAGGAGCGACUUUUCCAGUAUCCGAUUCUCCCUGUUACCAGUAGCUGUCUCCAAGAGAAAAUCCUCACUUACUAACUGUCUUUUCUUGCGUCUCAUUUUUAUAGAUCGACUCAUCCUUAUUUGGAAAAACCACCACCAACAAAAAAAGGCUUUUAGAAAAUGGUUGUAAAUCUGACUUCUUUGCAAGUAACUGUGUAUAUUGUAAAUAGGUAUAAAGGCCUUUUUUUCUAAAUAAGGACUUAACUGUCUGUAACAUGAGACUUCAGUCUAAACCACUAACUCAGUGAACUACUUACGGUUUGUCUGACAUCUCUCACAAAUUAAUUAUAAAUAUGUUUUUUAAAUCCUCAAAGACAUUAUCUGUGGUCUUUUCUCCCCGCUUUCCAGCCCAGCCUGUGUGCCCGAUGUCCUUUCUUUCAAGUUGCCCACAGUAUCUCCACUUAAACUAGGCUAGUAACCAAAACGAUGCGGACCUUCUUUAGGAAACAGUGUGGGAGACUGAGAGUCCUGCCAUAAGCUACCCUGGAAAUAUCUGGGCAUCUUGCACCUGGCUACGCACCACCUCAGUGUUGUUCCAGUGCCCUAAGGCCCCUUGUAAACUCCAGUCUGGACUGCCGUGUGGUCAUAGCGUCCCCUUCUGAGCACUGCUCGGGGGUGGUCAGGUGAUUGAUGAUGCGAUGCAGGAGCCAGCCCUGCCUCAACUAAUGGAAAUAUAUUUGCAUGUAACCCACAUUAGCUUCUCUUGCAUAGAACAUAAUAAGGAUGUGUCUUUGGUGACACUAAUGUUCUACGUUAGCUUAUUUUCAAAAAAGGGUAAAAAAUGAAAAAAGUGUACAGAAUUAACAUAUAAACCUUGUUGUAAAACUGGAUCAUGUCAGAACUGCUUAUAAUUAACCUUUACCAUUUAAUGCCAUCUACCUGAAAACAGUGAGAUUUAUACUGUAUCAAUGUCUAUUUUUUUGUUUUUGCUAUGAAUAUAAUUACAGUAUUUUAAUAUUUAGUUAUUUAAUUUGUUCUACUAGUUGGAUACAGAACACACAAAUCCAGGGAGACUAAAGCUGGUUGGGGCUUAAGAGAGAGGUUUAGUUUACAGAAAAAAGGCUUUGGUGGUGGGAUUUUUUAAAAUGUGUGUUAUGUACAUAUAUAUAUAUAUAUAUAUACAUAUACAUAUAUAUAAAAAACAAAUGAAACAAUUAAUCUAGAUUUUAACAUUUUCAGAUAUUUAGUGAUAAUAUUAUGAACAAUUCUAAAAGCCCUGUGAUUUGAAAAAAUGUAGAAUUAUUUAUGGCCCAAGCAAGGAAGGACAGGCCUUCACACCCUCAUGGAGGUAUAUCGUACAAAGGACAGUGGCUUUGGCUUUCCCAACUUUUCAUCUUUAGGCCCUGGUGACAGGCACACUUAUGCACUAAAAUGCACAUAUAUGCACAUGCAUUCAAAAAUAGGCAUUGGUACAAUAGUAAUCUUGUACCUAAUGGGCUGAAACCAGCUUAAGAACAAAUUUGUUCUUCCUGAUAACUAGGUCUCCAAGAGAAAAUACAAAGGCUGCUUUAGUGCCUUAUGCUUACUAAAUUUAACCCUUUAUUUACCUAGGUUUGAGCCUACAGUCUAUUUAUGAUUACAUAUCAAAAUUGAUUAGUACACUUCCAUUUCUAAAAGUUCACAUACACUUGUUAAUAAAAGGAUUAUUGGCAUUAAUACUUUAACUUGAAGAAAAGUUGUGUUCUGUUUUCCUUCCUGUGUCUGAAGUGCUCCCCACACUCCUCCCUCCCCCACCAUCUUACUUCAGUUCUAAUAAUGCUGGAUGUUCAACAGCGGCAGGAAUUGUGCUGUCAUAGAAUCGUGGGCUUUGCCCCUGUCUGGCCCUACAGAUGAGUUGUAGCAGUGUUAUUCUACACUUUUUAAAAGAAGCGUCCUCCUUGUGUCUAUGAACCAUGUUUUUACCCCAGACCCAAUGGCAGAGGUGUUCUUUAAAGACUUGAAAAUAUGAAUGUGUGUAUGUAGUUACUUAAAGGUUAUUCCUCUAUGUAAUGCGAAGUUAUAUGGGAUGAACACUUUUAAACUUUCCGACACAACUUCCAUAAUAGAAGGUGGAAACCAAAACCCUCAUGAUAGUAUUUCCUCUGGCAGCUGGUGCCGUGGGCAACUGUUUUAUUCAGUGGGGUUUCUUUUCUUUUUGCUUUCUGAUGCAGAAAUCACAAAUCACUCACACAUGCAAGUACACUCACAUACAUGAACUAAUUGUUCCUCUGGAUGUCUUUGUGUGUUUCACGUACAUUUGUUUACCAACAUCUGUUCUCAGCAUGUACACCCGCCUUCGUGUGGUCUGUAUUCCUUCUCUGAGAGUACCUCACAGGGCUCCUGCCUGAUCUGUGUAGUUCAUUUGUUCAUCCAUCCAUCUAUUCUAACAUUUGUGUGUAGCGUGGAACCGUAAUGUCAUGCUUCGGAAGAGGAAAAUAGCUGCCCAUAGCAGCCGUCCGUCUGGAUAAUAGCAAAACACUCUAGAUAAGUUAUUUUGCACUUUCUUAUGUAUAAAGUUGGUAGAAACUUAUUUUUUGCUUUGUAUCAUUUAAAUACAUUUUGUUUUGGUAAAUGAACUGUGUAUAAAAUAUUUAUGCCAUUAAAACUGUUUUUAGAAAGUAUUUUUAAUUUCAGCAAGUUUGGUUACUUGUUGCAUGACUAUUAACACAGCUGACUUUUUGUGUCAGUGCAAUGUAUAUUUUUUUGUCCUGUUAUUAACUUGUAAGCCCUAGUAAUGGCCAAUUAUUUGUACAGCAACAGAAGUAAAUUGAAGACCUGGCUAAGACUGGAUUGAUUGUGGACGUUUGUACUAUACUGCAGAAUCCAAUAUCUGUUCCUUGGUGGUUAUGUAAAAGGCCUGAAGAAUUACUAUCUAGUGUGCAAUCUGUGAUAACUGAAUGUUCAUUGUAUAUCUGUCUCUGAUGCAAAAAGGUAGAGUAACACAAUUACAAUACAUGAUUAAAUGCAAUAGUCCAGGUACUUUUUUUUUUUCAUUUCAAAUAAAUACCUACUAUUUACCACCCAAAGAAUAAAA